UCGUCACAGCGAGUAGUGACUUCACUUCUUCGAAUUCAACUCUGUGAGCAUACGCAUAUUUUUGCAGCUCACUUUUCGGCGACAGUCGGCGUUUUCGAGGAUAUUUUUGUUAGUUCAACUUCAGUCGUCUUCGGAGCAACAUCGAAUUAAACUUUCAAUCUUACAUAUUUAUUGUGAUCAUCCGUUAAAAAGUGAAUAUGAAAUCAUUUGUCGUGCUUGUGGUAUUUGUUGCUGCUUGUGUUACAUCAAGCUCAGCUAUACGUUGCUAUAACUGCGUCUUCCCUGGAGAUCCCAAAUGUGGAGAUGACUUGAAAGAUAUUCAAGCAACUGAAUGUACUGAAUUAUCAGUUGAAAAAACCAUCGGCGUUAAGAGUGUGUGCAUGAAGGCUGUUGUUAAUAUUGGGGGAACAAAAUCAAUAACUCGUUCAUGUUCAAAACAAGGAGGACAAUAUAACGCUUGUUCAGCAUUUAAGGACAAUGUUGAACACUGUUCAGUUUGCGAAGAAGACCUUUGCAAUGGAUCGUCUCAUUUGUUGAUGAACAUCUGGUCAACAUUCAUUCCAGUUGCUAUCGCACUCUUCAUAAAGUUUUUCUAAGUCACCAAUACUUGAUUUUCUUUUAAAUAUUAUCAUUACAUCAUUAAGUCGCUAAUUUGCACGCGAGGCGAAUUCUCAAUUUAGAAAUACUUUUUCAAGGUCUCUAAACAUUUCAAAUAAGUCAUAAUACGCAUAACAUGAAGAUUUUUUUUAAUUCUCUUAAUUAAUAAUGUUAAUUAAACGUAAUAUUUAUUAUUGGAAGGAAAAGUUAGAUUUUAUCAACAUCAAGAAUAUUCUUUUAAGGGCGUUUUCUUUAGGGUUCGAUGAAGUAAAUAAGAAAAAAAAAUCGCACGCAGGGACUCACUGGCGCCUAGACAGCUUUAUGCUUUUUCUUUAUUACAAACACUGCUUUAACCAUAAAACUUAUAGAGAAUCUCUCUUUUAAGAGUGAAAAGGAUAUUUUUAGGAUAUUUGCCCAUUUAUUGCGACGCAGAUUUUUUUUCCGUCAUGGAGACAUGAAAAAGGAAAAUAAUAAAAACCACAACAAAUACAAAAAGAAAAAGAACUUUUAUUUCUAAAUAAUAUUGAAUUGGUUAGUAAGUGGUGAAGUGAACUAACAACGGCAGACUCUAGCAGAAAAAACAAUUUGAUUAAUUAGAUCCAAUUUAUUCGCUAGCAGUAUAUAAUAUUUGUGUGGAAUGUUUUACUUUAUAACAAAAUCUAAACAUCAUUUGAAAUGAGUGGUUUCACUGUUGUGUGUAGUUGCUUCACAGAAUUCUAAGUAACGAAUUAAAAUCUUUAACAUUUUUUGUUUGAAAUUUGCAAAGAAUUUUUCAAGGUCAGCAAGGUGAAUUGAAUAUAUAAACAAAACAAUAAAUAUGAUGUUGUUGCUAGUUUUAUUCAAUAAAGCAGAAAUAGUAUUAUGAUUUAAUAUCAUAAAACCUCAAA